GGUAGCUUUUGUAGGAGCGUGUCGACGGCGUCCGGCGUGCGUCGCGCUGUGUUUGCCUUGUGGUAGCAGCCUAUGGGAGAGGGCCUUUGGCGCGCGUUUUUUGGGGCCGCAACGAAGUUUGGCUGUAGUAAGCUUGCAAUAGGAAAGAUCUGCGCGUGUCUGCGUGCAGUGGGGACGUUUGUGCUGCGCGUGCAGCGAUUCUGAGCUUUUUUGGCUGCUCGCUAGUGUCUUACCGCUAGCUUGAUCAGAUAGCUGACCCGAGUCUCAGCGCGUUGUGUACACGAGAAUCGACUUGCCUGAACGCUGACGGACGCGCACUGGCUCCCCAGCAGCCUACUGAAAGCCUCAGCUCAGCCCCGUGAGCGCCGCGGCCCGCGGCGCACCAACUUAUACAAAAGAGGCCUCUCGCCGGAAGGUCACAGCGCGACAACGAAAAAUGGCCGACCCCACACCAAUGGACGUCGACGACGAGGCCGGGCCUACCGAUUUGGUCUUACCGGACGUCAUGGAAGGGAUGCUAAGAAUGGCGGCUCUAACGACGCCCGACACGCUGCCGGACGCCGCGAAGACCUGGACCGAAGCGCAAGCCACAACAGCUUUGAAGGUCGCCCUCGACUUGAUCGGAGACCACCGCCGCGACGCGGGCUUUUCAUUACUCGCUUUGUGUCGGCAACGCCUCACGACAAGUGAUAACAUAGGACGCGUCUGCCUCACCUGUGUAGGAGAAAGAAGCCACGCCGUCGCCGGCGUCGCUCUACUCCAGAAGCUGCUUCCUGCUGAUUGGCCCUCCUCCCAAAUCGACGCGACCACAAUAAGUACGGCGGCCGUCGAAGUGCUCGCCGACCCGCGCGAGUCUGAUUUAUUGAGAAAGCAGGUCCUGGCGUUACUAGGAGACCGAAUACAGGACAAGACGGCGGUCGUCGCGUGCGGCCUCCAACGGCUCUGCAAGGCGGAAUCACCGUCGGGCGUGCUGGUCGACGCGCUCGAGUCGCUCACGAAGGACUCCGCGGGCGCGCCUCCCGAGAACUUCUUGGCGUGGCUCGACGACGUCCCUACACAACAAUUAGAAAAAGCGGGCUGGUGCCUCGGUCGCAACGGCGCGAUCGGAUUAGCAGCCUUUUGCGUGAGAACUGAAGGUAUAGCAUUAGGAGCCGCGCGGCACUACGCCGCCACGCAUGCGAAUUUGAAUGUUGCCGAGCGGUUGAUUGAAUGUUCUAGGGAGCCGUGCAUUUCUGCUGCAGAAGUGUUAUCAAAUGUAUUGAGGGACCGGUCGACGUCUGGUGAAGAGACAGCUAGAGUAGACGCGUGUUUGCGCUAUCUACUCGUGAAGAAGCCGCAGAUGCGCGGCGCCUGGCUAAGGACUCUAGGACCGAACGCUGCGGCGGAUAGGGCGGCGCUGGAACGCGCUUCGGUCACGAAGACGGCGCCACCCGUAGAAAAGAGGAAGCAGCCGCCGGGCCUCGCCAAUCUGGGGAAUUCCUGCUACGCGAAUGCGGUCUGUCGGGCGCUGCACGCGACGGCGCCGCUGCGAAGACUGCUACUCCAAGAGGCAAAAAUGGACGCCGAGGCGCCCGUCUCGUCCGAACUGCGGAAGCUCGCCGCGUUGUUGUCAGGAUCUACUAGAUCAUAUAUACGACCGGAACAGUUCCGCAAAAGAUUAGCGGAGCCCUUCUGUUCCUACGGUCAACAGGAUGCCGCGGAGUUCCUGCACUACGUCCUCGACGCCCUCGAGACCGAGGAGAAUUCCGUUUCGAAAGCUUCAUUGGAUAAUGUCUUUGGGGGGCAGUUGGAAACAUUAAUAACGUGCCAACGAUGUCACAACCAGAGCAGCUCUUCUACGGAGUUGAAUGGUCUUUUGACCGUUUCUGUACCGGACGAUCGUAUUCUGAGGAAGAACGAGACCCAGCCCGUGCUGAACACGUUGCAGAAGCCGUCUCCGUUAUACCACUUGAUCCGGGACCAGUAUCUAGCGUCCGAAACACUAAGUGGAGAGGACGCCUACGAGUGCGAGAUUUGUUCUCAGAAAGUAGAAGAAGCUCAUCGGACCUCUAGAAUAGCGCAAGCACCUAGACAUCUGAUCAUCAACCUCGCUUGCUUUCAGUACGACGCUUCUAGUCAAACGAGACGGAAAGUGUCCACGAAGGUCGACUGCCCCCUCGCGUUGCAUUUAGUAGAUACGGAGUACAAGUUGUAUGCGGUCGUCGUCCAUUCUGGGAGUAGUCCGCACCACGGCCACUACUACGCGUACUGCCGCGACUCGUCGUCCGCAGAAGGUCGGUGGCGGAAGUUCGACGAUGAAUCGGUCGAGGACUGCGACGAGAAGGAGCCUUUGGAGCACCGCAUCAAUAGGUCGCCCUACUUGCUCUUCUACGCGCGCGACGACGACGAGGAUUUAUCUGAAGGUGAGUGGAGCGCGGAUUUGCGGGGCUUUGUGGACCGCGACAACGAGGCGGCCUUGAAUGAAACGCGGCCGGCGACGCCGCCGCUCCUCUUGACGAACGGCCCGGCGUUUGGGCCUGUCAAUAGGCCGCCCCAGCCGCCGCCUGGAGGGCCGCCGGAGCCCUUCGCCGGCGGCGGCGCGGCGGGCUUCGGAGGGAUGGGCGGGGGAGGCGUGUUUUAAGAUUGACUGUGAUUUG